UCAACAGCGUCGUUCUCAGACGAAAAAUGCAGAUCUUUGUGAAAACCCUAACGGGGAAGACGAUAACCCUAGAGGUCGAAUCAUCCGACACGAUCGACAAUGUGAAGGCCAAGAUUCAGGACAAGGAAGGUAUCCCUCCGGACCAGCAGCGUCUGAUCUUCGCCGGGAAGCAGCUGGAAGACGGGAGGACGCUCGCGGACUACAACAUCCAGAAGGAGUCGACGCUUCACUUGGUGCUCCGCCUGAGAGGAGGAGCGAAGAAGAGGAAGAAGAAGACGUACACGAAGCCCAAGAAGAUCAAACACAAGCACAAGAAAGUGAAGCUCGCGGUUCUGCAGUUUUACAAGGUCGAUGGUUCAGGCAAGGUUCAGAGGCUCAGGAAAGAGUGUCCUUCGGUUAGUUGUGGUCCGGGAACGUUCAUGGCGAGUCAUUUCGAUAGGCAUUACUGUGGCAAGUGUGGAACCACUUAUGUCUUCAAGAAGCCUGAUGAAGAGUGAUUAGAUGUUCUGUUUUUUUUGCCUGUCUUUUUAAUUGAAUUAUCGUAUUGGAACUUAUAAUUGGCAUCGGAAUCUUGGUUCUGUUCUAUUGAGGUUUAAACUUGUGGCAAGGUUUUGUUUUAUUCAAAUAGUUGCUUGAAGUUGAAGUCA